AAAACUUAUGCUAAACGAUAAAUAAAACACUGGACAUAAAAAAUCACAGAAUCACAGAAUCACCCACAUAAGGAAUGCAUAGGCGGAUUUUAAGAAAAUUGAUAUUAAAGUAGUUAGGAUGAACCGAAAAUUCUGAAAAUCAAUAGGGUCCUAAGUUAGAAGUAAUUAUUCAAGAAAAUGAAAAUCGCAAGUCAAUCAGAACUUUCGUUCUAGAGUUAUCGUGCCGGCAUACAUACACACAGAUGACCAGAUGAAUUUUUUUUUGCAUUUUCGGACUCAGAAUGAUCAGAAACAUAAAAAAACUUUUAAAAAAUGGGGGUCAGAAAAUUUUUUCGUCUGCACGAAUGCAAUACUGAGGCCCGAUAGGAAAUCUGUUUUGAAGUUAUUUCAACUAAACCGAUGUUAGAAUGCCUCCUUCAAUGAGCUCAAGAUCCUUUAUUAAGCGUUUUUGGAUUGAGGUAGUGUUGUAUUUACCUUUAAGUGCGAUGAGCGACAAGAAAGAAGACGAAUUGUCAUUUCCAAGUAAUUUUCUUUUUGGUGUAGCGUCAAGUGCUUAUCAAAUUGAAGGAGGAUACAAUGCUGACGGAAGAGGCGAAAGUGUUUACGAUUUCUAUACUCACAAAAAUCCUGAGAAAUUCGAUAAUUCAAGUAAUGGAGAUAUAACCUGCGAUUCUUACAACCAAUGGAGGAAAGAUGUAAAAUUACUAAUAGAAUUAGGCGUAGAUUUUUAUAGAUUUUCAAUUUCAUGGUCCAGAAUUCUUCCUAACGGUUACGCCAAUAAAAUUAAUCAAGCAGGUGUUAAAUAUUACAACGAUCUCAUAGACGAAUUGAUUGCUAAUGGAAUUCAGCCAAUGGUGACUAUAAACCACAUGGAUCUACCAAUGUCUUUGCAACAUCUAGGAGGCUGGACUAAUACUGUAAUCUCCGAUCAUUUCAUGAACUACGCUAAAAUUUUAUUUGAAAACUUUGGAGAUAGAGUGAAACACUGGAUAACAAUAAAUACAACUUCUAUGGGUUACAAUGAUGACAUUUUUCCUCCUUAUAUGAACCAGCCUGGUAUAGCGGACUAUCUAGCUAUCCGUGUUAUGGUUUUAUCCCAUGCCAAGGUUUACAGACUUUAUCAGAAGGAGUUCAGUGAGCAAAAAGGAAAAAUCGGAUUAGUAGUAGAUACCCGUUGGUUUGAACCAGUAAGUUCAUCCGAAGAAGAUAUAAGAGCAGCUGAAAUAGUUAUGGAAUUCGAGGUUGGCAUUUAUCUGAAUCCGUUUUUUCAUCCAAAUGGAGAUUUUCCUGAGGUAGUUAAAAAAAGAGUGGAAAUGAUUUCAAAAAUCGAAGGAUACCCACAAUCGAGACUUCCUUCCUUUACACCAGACGAAAUAGAUUUUAUCAAAGGCAGUUGUGAUUUUAUAGGUACCAAUCUAUACACAUCAUUUUUAGUGGAAAAUCGUGAAGAUUCAUUAUUCAAUACUACUUCAAUUCAGAGAGAUGAAGGCGCUAAAGUAUUUCAAGAUGCCUCGUGGAAAAAAUCGGCUUCUGAUUGGCUAACGGUUUAUCCAGAAGGCGCGCAGAAGGCAUUAAGGUGGAUUAAAGAAAAAUAUAACAGUCCUGAAAUAAUUAUAACAGAAAAUGGUUUUUCUGACUUAGGAGGAAUAAAUGACGAUGACAGAAUCGAUUAUUUACGGACAUAUUUAAAAGCCAUAUUAAGAGCCAUUUAUAUAGACAAGGUGAAUGUUAGAGGAUAUGCCGUGUGGAGUUUAAUGGAUAAUUUUGAAUGGGCAUCUGGUUACAGGGAAAAAUUUGGACUGUACUCUGUUGAUUUCAAUGAUCUUAGCAGACCAAGAACAAAGAAAAAAUCUGCUACCUGGUACCAAAAUGUUAUAAAAGAGAAAAGAAUAAUGGAUUAACUAAUAAGAAUACAUUUUGAACAAAUAAAGUUGAUUUUGUAGAUAA